AAAAGUUGUGCGGGGAGUUUCAGUUGAAAGUUUAAAUAAGUUAUAGAAGAGAAUGAACAAUUUUCCUUCGACCGCUGGGUAUUCUCGAGGCGCAGGCCGCGGGAAUAAACAAAGGAAGGAAAGAAAUCAGGCGCUUACUCAUACUUUGGGGCAAGGUCCUCAAUCUGGGGAAACUAUACGAUGUUCAGAUCGCCAAGAAAAAGAUUCAAGUGGAAACUCACAGGGUUCGUCCCGUUCAGAAACUGUUCAAGCAUGCGCACCUGGGCCCCAGCGCACUGAAGAAAUGGCUGGUGAUUCUCGCGGCUCCGUACGUGGCCGACGUGUAAUUACCGACGUUGUCCUUUCCCGUCCCAGUGACGUUGUUACUAAAUCGGGCACUUCUGGGACUCAAAUAACUGUGCAAACUAAUUACUUUAAAAUUUUGAAGCGUCCAGAAUGGACAAUUUACCAAUACCGUGUUGAUUUUUCUCCGGACGUCGAUAACACUCGUUUGCGUCGUGCCUACUUGAACGAGCAUCGCUCCCUGUUAGGUGGAUAUAUUUUUGACGGCUCUAUUCUAUUCUGUGUCAAGCAGUUUGAAUGCCCUCAAAAUAGUGUUUAUGCUUUGGAGUUGGUGACAAAAAAUCGAGCCGACGAAACUAUCUACAUUAAAAUUAAAGCUGCUGGCACUGUUGAAACGGCCGAUAUUCAGCAGUUCCAAGUGCUGAAUUUGAUUCUUCGUCGGGCUAUGGAGGGAUUGAAGCUUGAACUUGUAUCGCGCAAUUUUUUCGACCCUAUGGCAAAGAUUACUUUGGAGAACUACCGCAUGGAGAUCUGGCCUGGCUAUCAAACUUCGAUUCGUCAGCACGAAACCGACAUUUUACUGUGCACUGAAGUCGCUCAUAAAGUAAUGAGAAUUGACACAUUGUACCACAUUCUAUCGGAUUGCAUCCGUGACUACGAGGAUUUUCGCAGUGCUUUCCGCAAAGAAGUAGUGGGAAUGGUUGUGUUGACAGAUUACAAUAACAAGACGUAUCGUGUGGACGAUGUGGAUUAUAGCGCCUCCCCAUUGUCUGUAUUCUCCACUAAGGAUGGGGAUAUUUCAUAUGAUCAAUAUUACAAAAAGCGCUAUAAUAUCACCAUACGGGACCUUAAACAACCGCUUGUUGUUUCUCAUCCAACCGAUAAGAACAUUCGUGGAGGAUUGGAUCAACUUAUUAUGUUGAUCCCAGAGCUGGCACGGGCUACCGGCAUGACCGAUGCAAUGCGGGCUGAUUUCAGAUUAAUGAGAGCAAUGAGCGAACAUACUCGAUUGACGCCUGAGAGGCGCAUUGAGCGCCUGCGUGUUUUUAAUCGGCGCUUGUUGACAUCGGCGCAGAGCGUGGAUGUUUUGAAAUCAUGGAAUAUAGAUCUAGACAAGAAUCUAGUUGAGGUACCCGCUCGCGUUCUGAUGCCCGAGAGAAUUCAUUUUGGCAACCAGAAGCAAUACCUUUGCGACCAUCGCGCUGAUUGGACAGGCGAGUUCCGCAACAACGCGAUGUUUAGACACGUUAACAUUAAGCGUUGGAUUGUGAUAACACCAAAUCGUAACCUGCGGGAAACCCAACACUUCGUGAAGCUUUGUAUUCGUGCAGCUGCCGGCAUGAAAAUGAUGAUUAGUGAACCUCGGUACCACGAGAUUCAGGAUGACCGUAAUAGCUCAUAUUCCCAGGCAAUUGAUAAGGCUGCAUCCAUGGACCCUGAGAUUGUGAUGAUAGUGCUGAAGACCAGCAAUGAGGAAAAGUAUGCCUGUAUUAAAAAACGGGCUUGUGUGGACCGUCCGGUGCCAUCACAAGUUGUUACCUUAAGAGUUAUUGCCCCACGUCAAGAGAAAAGCGGCGGCCUUAUGUCAAUUGCCACUAAAGUCGUAAUUCAAAUGAAUGCAAAAUUGAUGGGAAUUCCGUGGUUGGUCGAGUUGCCGCUGCGCGGCUUAAUGACUGUCGGCUUUGAUGUCUGCCACUCUUCGAAAAACAAAAGCAAAUCAUACGGCGCAUUAGUGGCCACCAUGGACAUAAGGACCUCAGGGCGUUUCUUUUCAGCGGUUACUGAGCACAUGAAGGGCCAAGAGUUGUCGGAUCAGAUGGCUAUGAACAUGACAUUAGCCAUAAAAUCAUAUCGACAGAACCACGGUGAGUUGCCGGAACGCAUUAUCUUCUACCGCGAUGGCGUUGGUGAUGGCCAACUCCAUCAGGUUGUCAACAUCGAAGUGAAGCUGCUGCAGACCAAACUGGACGAUAUUUACAAGGCAGCUGGCAAGCCGGAAGGGUGCCGUUUAGCAUUCAUUGUUGUAACGAAACGAAUUAAUACUCGAUAUUUUGUGAAUAAGCGCAACCCCGCCCCAGGCACUAUUGUUGAUGACAUAAUAACCCUACCAGAUCGCUACGACUUCUUCCUGGUGUCGCAGUCCGUAAGCCAAGGCACCGUAUCCCCAACAAAUUAUAACAUAAUUUAUAACAAAAUCGGCCUCUCUGCCGACAAACUGCAGAUGUUAACUUACAAAAUGACACACAUGUAUUACAAUUUUUCGGGAACUUGUCGCGUUCCUUCUGUCUGCCAAUAUGCACAUAAGCUGGCGUUUCUCGUCGCCGAGAGUAUCAAUCGUGCUCCUUCAUCCGGUCUAGAGAACCAGCUUUACUUCCUUUAGAAUCGAAGGACCUACUAUUACAUAAAUAAUAUGUAUGCCAACCAUUGAAUUUAUUUUGACAACAGGGCCGGCCAAUGGCUAUGAAGUUGAUUAUUAUGAUUUUAUAUGAUUUACCAUUAUUUCAACAUUUCGAUGGUUCGAACCAAUUUUAACGAAAUAAAAUAUAUUCCUCAUUUCUGAA